AUGGAGUCGGAGCCGGGCGUGGACGUGGACGAGGACGUGGACGAGGACGGGGAGCGGCCAGAAGCAAUGCAGCAGGUGCGAGCAGGACGCGAUGGAGGCUGGGUGAAUUGCAAUGGCAAUCAAUUCAUUCGCAUCUGGAGCAAGCCAAUCUUGCCGAAACCGGACGGAGUUAUAGCCAGCCAGCAGGCGGCUUGGGGCAGCGGUUUCAAGCAGGCUACAGCAUGCGAGCCAGGCCGGUGUGACUCUGGCUUUGAGACAGACUGGCGGCCAUGUGCUAGCGGACCAGACAAAGAGGGUGUGCGGUUGGCGCGUGCCAUGGUGCGAUCCAGCCCAUGCCAUGGCUGCCCUCAAGCCCCCUCACCCUCGCCCACCAGGCGCGCGCGGCCGGGAGCGGACAGCGACAGCGAGCAGAGAACAGCGGCGAGGCUGACCAAUGCCCUCAGCCAGCCGACAUGCCGGGCGCACAUUGCAGUCAGAGAGAGCCGUCACGGCCUCUGCCUAUGCGCCCCCCCCGGCUGGGCGGUGACGGCCCCCGUAACCGUAAUCUCUCAGUACAGCAUGCCCCAUUUCCGCUCCUCCAUCCAUCCAGGCAAUUACAAAGUGCCUGCCCUCUCCAUACGCCCUCGCGCGCUUCCGCCCAUUGCGCCCGCCCAGCAGCCCAUUGAGCCCGCCAGCGCUGCUGCUUUUGCCAUUGUCCCCUCGACCCGCCCGCCAGUGUGCGCGGACAAGGCCCGACGGGCGUGUGGGAGCCUGCAAUGGCACAUUCCCACCCUCUCUCGGCUUCCGGUGGACGCGCUGGGCCACACGGGCGUCCGUCAUCACACUCGGCUGCCCUUUUGUCUACGACUAGGCCAGCUGCUAUCCUGCCCGAGUACCGUACAUGCGGCUAGUCGGUCUGACCGCCAUGGGGGGUUGUGCAGACAUGACCAUGGCUGCAAGGCCAAUUCACACCAACUGCCUGUCUUGGCCCCGUGGCUGACGACGGCCAUGGCGAGCAUGGCCAAGGGGGAGGGCGGCCCUGCUGGUCGCCCGUCAGCGGCGGCUGCCGACAAAGCUGCUGCCCACGGAAUUCCAUUCUAG